AUGUCAAAUAUUAAUCAUAAUCAUAUGGUCGUGGAUGAUGACGAUGAUGAAUAUGAAGAGAUAGAAUAUGAAGUAGAAUAUGAAGAGGUUGAAGAAGAGGUGGAAGUAGAGGAAAUCGAUGGUGAAGAAGUAGAAAUUGUCGAAGAAGAAAUAGAGGUGGAAGAAGAAGUAGAGGAAGAAGUAGAAGAGAUUGAAGAAAUAGAAGAAGAAGAAGAGGACGAUGAAGAGGAAGAGGAAGAGGAAGAUAUAGAAUUUGAACAAGGUGGAGAGAUUGAACCAAUCUUAAACUAUUCAAGACUGUCAAUCGAUAGUGAUAGUGGUGUUCUUACAAUCAAAAGCAUUCUGGAAAAGGAUGCAGCAAGUUGUAUGGCUGUACAUCCCAAGUUUUUGGUACUUGGUACACAUUGGGGUUUGAUCACCGUUCACGAUCAUCUUGGUAACCUCAUUCAAAAGUAUGAAGCUCAUACUGCAACCGUCACUGAAAUCGUUGUCGAUAUUACUGGUGAUUAUAUAGCUUCUUGUUCAGAAGAUGGAAAAGUAAUAAUACAUCCAUCAUUUGAUGCAAAGUCUGGAGAUACAUUAUCAUUUUCAUAUGGUAGACCGAUUACUGCGAUUGCAUUGGACCCAGAGUUUUCACACAAGAACUCGAGACAGUUUGUGAUGGGUGGGAAGAGUGGCCAGCUGGUGCUGCACUCCAAGGGCUGGUUGAGAUCCAAAGAGACUGUAAUAUACCAAUCAGAGGGUCCGAUCUACGCCGUCAAGUGGUGUGGCAAGUUUAUCGCGUGGGCCAACGAGAAUGGCGUCAAGAUCUACGACUGCACGACCAAUACGCGUAUCGCACAUAUUCCGCGCAAGGAGGGCAGUCCGCGUGGAGAAUUAUACAGAUGCUGUUUGUGUUGGGAAAAGGCUGACACGUUGAUCAUUGGUUGGGCAAAGUCUGUCGAUAUUGUGCAGAUUGUCGAUCGUAUCGACGGCACAACGGGCGGGAUUGCCAAGAUGGCGCAGAUUACCAACCAGUUUUCGACCAAGUACUGGAUAAGUGGCAUUGCGCCGUUUGGCGACGACCUCGUCAUUCUAGGAUACAACGAGGGUGCAGUAGAGGGAAGCACAGACGCACACUCGAUGGCUGCGACUCCCAAGAUGUCGGGUACCACUGCAGGUGCGACGGGAGCAGCUGGCGGCGGAGCGAGUAAUGGCACGGGAGCAGCUGGUGCACGUGACGCUACUACAGGCGUGUGGAACCAGGGUCGUGUCGAACAGGCAAAGCCACCCUCUAUCUAUAUCGUGUCGCGCAAGACCAACACGACCAUCACUACAGACCACUUGCACGUCAAUGGAUACCAACACUACAAAGCUACCGACUACCGUCUCGACUAUAAUACCGCCGAGUCGAUCUUUUACGUGGUGUGUCCCAAGGACGUCGUUGCAGCCAAGCCGUCCACCCUAGAAGACCAUCUCAAAUGGCUCAUGUCACGUAACCGAUACGAAGAAGCAAUUGACGAGGUGGAAAAAGACCAGCGUACAAUCAAAUCGUUGCCACCUACCCGUAUUCGCGAGAUUGGUGAACGAUACAUGGAGACAUUGAUUGCGCGAGGUGAUAUCCGCAAAGCAGCAGCCAUGUGUCCCAAGAUAUGUGCACGAGAGGCUGAUUUGUGGGAGCGAUACAUAUACAAGUUCUUUGGACUCGGCGGAUUGCAACCACUGUGUCCGUACGUGCCCAUAGCCAACCCACAACUCAGUCAAGCCAUCUACGAGAUGUUUCUCAACAAUUUCCUCCAGAAUGAUCCAGAGGCAUUCUUGAGAAUCGUCAACGAGUGGCCACCCACAUUGUACAGCAUCCAGACGAUUAUCACGACAGUUGAAGAUCUGCUCGUGACGACCAAGAACGACACGAUCAUGAUUGCCUUGGCACAGCUGUACACCUAUGACAACCAACUCGAAAAGACAAUGGACAUUUACCUCAAGCUCAAAAAGGGUGGUUGUCGGCCAGCUCGGCAACAAGUCAGAGAUGCACGUAUCGGUAUGGAAUUCCAUGAACUUCAAGUGUCACUCUAUGCACAAUACAAUCCUGAACUAUUACUCCCAUUCCUCCGUAACAGUAUCCAUUACAGUCUCGACAAGGCAUUGCAAGUGUGCAAGGAGAAACAGAGAUACGAAGAGAUGGUCUAUAUUUUGUCGCGUAUGGGUAGUGCCAAGGAUGCACUCAAUCUCAUCCUCGACAAGCUCAAAAACAUCAAAGAAGCAAUCGACUUUGUCGAGCAACAAAAGGACAAUGAUCUCUGGGACUACUUUAUCGACAAGUCUAUCAACAACCCACAAUAUGUCAGCGAGUUGCUCGAAAACAUUGGCUCGCAUGUCGACCCCAUCAAGCUGAUCCGUCUCAUCCCCGAUGGCAUGGAGAUUCUCAAUCUCCGUAGUCGUCUUGUUAAAAUUCUAUCAGACUAUAACUUGCAAAUGUCGCUCAGAGAGGGGUGCAAAGAAAUCCUCAAGAGCGAUUGCGUCUUUUUGUCAGAGACCCUUUUAGAGGCACUCAAGAGUGGCCACAGUCUCGAAGAAGAGGCCAAGUGUGUCACUUGCAGUCAAUCCAUCAUCACCACCAAACCCGACUCUUCCAUAGUCCUCUAUUUCUGUAAUCAUUCCUAUCAUAGUCGAUGUCUCAAACCCUCUGAACAACAACCAUCUGUAUCAUCUCCCAUUUCACCCCAAUCAAAAUCCAUGCAACUUAGUAGUACCAUCGAUCUCGAUUUUGGAUUUUGUAAGAUUUGUCAAUCCAAUCAAUCAACCAAAGUUAGUAAAGGUUCAAGAAAAAUUGGAUAA